AGAGGAGGAGGAGAAAUAAUUGGCAGGAGGAAGAGGAGGAGGGGUUGAGUUUUCCUAAGGUGGAGCCGCAUCUUGUAUGAAAUAUCCCUGGCAGAUUAAAAAAACCCUGCGAUGGGGAAGGGCUUAAAGGCUGAGUCAAAAGGCUAUAUAGAAGUCACUCUUAUUUGCGCCUAUCCCCCCCAGCCUCCGACCAUCUCUGGCUAAUAACAAACCGAGCUAAGGAGAAAGACCAGAGGAAAAGAGGAAGAGGGGGCAUCGCCGCCGCUUGGAUCGUUUUAAAAGAAAAGGCAGGCGAGGAGUCCCCCGCGCGCGCUCAGCUUCCCCAGAUCCUGCUCAGCGCCCCGUCUCAUUCCCCUUGCACCCCGAAGCCGCGCAAACGGUUAACUCAACUGACAGGCAGAAAGUCAGCCGAGCUGAGAAGUCUGCUGUGCAUGUUAAUUGAGGCGAAGGGAUAACUGUUUACAGGAUGGUGUAGUAGUGGCUGCCCUUCCUCCUUCCUUCCUUCCUUCCUUCCUCCCUUCCUCCCUCUCUCCCUCCUCCUCCUCCUCCUCCUGCUCCUCUCGAGGCUCGCUAGGAUGGUUGGCGCUGCUGUUUCCUUUGGACCGUGGAUUUUCGCUUCCCGGGACUACAGAGCUACGCGGGACUGAGUUGCCCUUCUCGGAGAGGGAGGGGAGGAAAAAACAAAAAAGGGAAGGGAAGAAAAGUCUGCGUUUCGGGAAGAAGGGAAGGGAAUUUCUCUCGGAACGGCUGAUCCUGUGCCAUAACCGACUUUGUCAGUGGGUGUAGCUGCUGUGCAGACGCUGUUGGAUUACCAUGAAGCUCUGGAUAAUCACAUUAAGUUUAAUGGGGGUUGCUUGUGAUGUGCUGUAUUCUGAAGUAGCAUCAUCUUCAAUUGUUGGCUCUUGCGAAGACUUGUGUUUUUGUGAAGAAAAAGACAGCAUCUUGAUUAUAAGCUGUGAAGAAAGAGGCAUCAAGGAGAUAUCUCAAGUACAUGUUCCACCAUCCCGGCCUUUCCAACUUAGUCUUUUAAACAAUAGUUUGACUAUUUUACAGGUCAACGAUUUUGCCAGCUUUAUCAAUGCGAUCACAUUGCACCUUGGAUUUAACAACAUUGUAGACAUUGAACCAGGGGCAUUUAAUGGGCUAAGUCUCCUUAAACAACUCCAUAUCAACCACAAUUAUUUAGAAAUACUUAAGGAAGACACCUUCCAUGGACUAGAAAACCUGGAAUUCCUUCAAGCAGACAACAAUUUCAUCACAAUAAUUGAAUCAAGUGCCUUCAGUAAGCUCAACAGGCUUAAGGUGCUUAUUUUAAAUGACAAUGCCAUUGAAUUCCUUCCUCCCAAUGUAUUUCGCUUUGUUCCAUUAACUCACCUGGAUCUUCGAGGGAACCAACUACAAACAUUACCUUAUGUCGGUUUUUUAGAACACAUUGGCCGAAUCCUAGACCUUCAGCUAGAAGAUAACAAAUGGAUCUGUAAUUGUGACCUACUGGAGUUAAAGAGCUGGUUAGAAAAUAUGCCUCCUCAGUCUAUAAUAGGGGAUGUUGUAUGCCACAACCCUCCCAUUCUGAAAGGUAGCAUUUUAAGCAGAUUAAAAACAGAAUCACUCUGUCCAACUCCACCCCCAAACGACCUUGAUUCUCCAUCAGGGUCAUUGCCUUUGGUGAUUACAACAUCAAUAAGUGAUAGUCAUUCCUCAACCAAGGUGAUACCUAUUUUUAAAACUCCCACCAAGGAAUCCAGUUUAACCCCUGGAGUUACAAAACCAGCUACUCUUCUUCCUGGCGUAUUUUGUCCUAUCCCUUGUCAGUGCACCAGCAAUAUCCUUUCAGGGAUUUUGAUGCAAUGUCAGGAACAAAACAUUGAAAGCUUGUCAGAUUUAGGUUCUCCUCCUCCCAAUCCUAAAAAGUUGAUUCUCGCCGGAAAUAUAAUCCAGACAUUACUGAAAUCAGAUCUUGUGGGUUAUCACAGCCUAGAGAUGCUUCAUUUGGGAAACAAUCGUAUUGAGAUGUUAGAAGCAGGAUCCUUUAUAAAUCUCACCGAAUUGCAAAAAUUGUAUCUCAAUGGCAACCACCUCACUAAACUAAGCCGUAAUUUGUUUUUAGGCCUGCAGCGCCUUGAGUAUUUGUACCUUGAAUAUAAUGCCAUCAAGGAGAUUUUACCUGGUACUUUUAGUCCAAUGCCAAAACUUAAAGUCCUAUACCUAAAUAACAACCUCCUCCAAACUUUACCAUCUCAUAUCUUUUCUGGAGUUCCACUAGCCAGGCUGAAUUUGAAAACCAACCAGUUUUCCCAUUUGCCCAUAAAAAAUGUCUUAGAUGAUCUAGAUCUACUAGUACAAAUUGAAUUAGAAGACAACCCCUGGGAUUGCACUUGUGAUUCGGUCAGGCUACAACAAUGGAUACAAAAACUAAAUAGGAAUACAAUGAUGGGAGAAAUCCUCUGUAACUCUCCAAGACAUCUUGCUAAAAAGGAACUGAAAUCUCUGACCAGUGAUAUGUUAUGUCCCACCUUAAUGAACAGUCCAGCUCUCCCAACUCAUCCUAGCUUCCUCAUCAUCACAACAUCACCAACGACCACCAGUACAGCGGACACUAUUCUGAGAUCCCUCACCGACGUUAUCCCUCUCUCUGUUUUAAUUCUGGGGCUCUUGAUUGUGUUUAUAACAAUGAUUUUUUGUGCAGCUGGCAUUGUUGUUCUCGUUCUACAUCGACGGAAGCGGCACAAAAAGAAACAAACGGAAGAACAAGUGCGGGACAACAAUCCAGUUCAGCUUCAAUACAGCAUGUAUGGUCAUAAAACAACACACCAUACUACCGAACGUCCAGCCUCAACUUUGUAUGAACAACGCAUGAUCAGCCCCAUGGUUCAAGUUUAUCAAAGCCCAUCUUUCAACUCCAAAUUUGCAGAUCAUCAAGAUGGAAGGAAUGAUAAGGAGGGGAAUGAUUCCAAACACCUUCGGCGAAGUCUCUUAGAAAGGGAGCACUCCUCCCCUCUCACUGGUGGUCCAAACGUCAAGUACAAAACUACAGACCAAUCGGCUGAUUUUUUGUCCUUCCAGGACACAAGCUCAUUGUAUAGGAACAUUCUUGAGAAGGAGCGAGAACUCCAACAAUUGGGGAUAACGGAAUACCUUCGGAAAAGCAUUGCUCAGCUACAUCCUGAGAUGGAAGUACAUUAUCCAAGAGCUCAUGAAGAACUAAAGCUGAUGGAGACACUUAUGCUCUCGCGGCCGAGAAAAGUUUUACUAGAACAGACUAAAAAUGAAUAUUUUGAGCUCAAGGCCAACCUGCAUGCUGAACCUGACUACUUGGAGGUUUUGGAGCAGCACACAUGAAAGGAAAUGUCACCUUUGAGAAGGCUUUGAAUCAGAAACUCUUAGGUUUGUCUUACAUUUGAGAACUUUGUAAAUAAAAGUGCCUUAUAAUAAUGUGUCACCAAUCAGAACUUUUAAGCACAGCAGUAAUCUGAGUGAAAAGAAACUCUCAGGGAUAACUGUGUGAAGCCAUGGGAAAGUUUUCAGGCUAUGUAUAUCUUACCCCCCAUUUUAAAUGUGAACUUUGUACAACUGGAUUCUGAGAAGAAAUUCAGAAUUUGCUUGGCCAUAUUCCUCUAGGUGUGUAUUGCAGUCCCUAAUGUUUCUUUCUUUUUUUUUAAUUGUUGGUUUUGCUAAACAGACUUUUAAAGCAUUUGUUUCUUCGGUUCCCUUCUUAUUUUUCCCAUGUAGGCAAUAUUUAAUUAAAAACCUACAAGGAUCUACUUAGCCAGCUGCUAGAAAGUAGGGAGCAUUAGUUAUGGAUGAGUCCAUAUAUAUGAACAAAUUCUACAUGGCAGUAGUACAUAAUAAUUAUAAAGGGAAUUAUACGUUUUUGUUUCAAAAGGGGAAAAAAAUCAUUUGUAAGCUUCCAAGGACUGCAGUAUUUAGGUAUCUUUAAUUUGGAAUGUUGUUUAUCCAAAAAAAAAAGAAGGAGAGGUUUGAAUGGGAAAGUGGUAUAUUAUGCAGGAAUUUAAAAGAUAUAAUGGAAACCUUUUGUUACUUUCCCUCGAUGGCAUUUUUAAUCACAUUUUGGGACAAUCUUCAGUAUAAUGCUGCUAUAUAGACUCCUGUGCGACAUUGGAUUGACACUUGUACUUGGGAAGUUUGAAACGCUACUGAGAAUUUAAUGUAAAUAUAUUAGUAUAUUGA